GUGUUUGCAUAACUUCGGGCGUACUGUCAAAUCCUCUUUGAAUUUUACUUGUUAUUUAAUAGUUUUAAUAAUUAUUGUUAACCCCACAAUACGGUGUGAUAAUUAUAAUUGGGUCAAUGAAAUGUUUACUUUCAUCUGCCAGGCAUUAGUCAAAAGAGUUCCACUUGUUUCUCGAACUAUUUGGGGCAGUGACGGUGGUGAUCUUACAGGGAAAAUGAGUGUUCGUGAUAUUAUAACGGAAUUAACCCAAGUUUCAAUUGAGGUGAGACAAGAUUUGAAAAGUGUCAAGGACCCUAAAGAAAAAGAGAGGAUCGCGUUACGACAUAUAAAAGAAUUUGCCGCUAAGGACGCCUACGUCAACGAGUUCCAAAAAGGUCUAGAAUGGUUCAACGUAUCACAAGGUCUCUCGAUGCGCAAGGAUCUUGCAGGGAAAAUAUGUGUAUUGGAUUUCUUCACUUAUUGCUGCAUAAACUGCAUGCAUAUUUUACCGGACCUGGCUGCUCUUGAAAAGAAAUUCUCCAUAGAAGAUGGUCUAGCUGUUAUUGGAGUUCACAGUGCAAAAUUUGCCAAUGAAAGGGAUUCCAGUAAGAUAUUAGCUGCUGUGCAAAGGUACAAUAUCCAGCACCCUGUAGUUAACGAUGCCAAACUUUCCAUGUGGCGGGAUAUUGGUAUUGUUUGCUGGCCCAGUUUGGUGAUUUUAGGACCUAAAGGGCAGCCAUUGUUUGCUUUAGUUGGCGAGGGACACAGAGAGGAACUAUUUUUAUAUGUAAAAGUAGCCCUGCGGUAUUUCAAAUCCUUAAACGAAAUAUCUGAUCAUUCUCUACCGUUGAAACCGUCGCAGCACCUGCUUCCAGUUUCUAAAGACAUAUUACUAUUUCCUGGCAAAGUGCACUUGUUUAAAACUAAAAAUACAAACAAAAUCGCGGUUGCUGACACAGGAAACAACAGAAUUUUGAUUAUGGACACUAAAGGGAAAGUUGAACAUGUCGUCGGUGGUUACGCACCUGCAUUUAAAGACGGAGACUAUGAAACCAGCAAGUUUAACGCUCCCCAAGGAAUUUGUAGUCUCGGAGAUAAUCUCUAUAUCGCAGACACUGAAAAUCACGCAAUUAGAAAGAUAGAUCUAGUUUCAAAAACAGUUACAACAUUAGCAGGCACAGGAGAGCAGGGCCAUGAUUAUACUGGAGGCCAACUUGGUAUAAAUCAGAGUCUAUCAUCUCCUUGGGAUAUCGCAUUGUACCAACUGGAUCAGGGAAAUAAAAGUGUGCCAGUUCUGCUAAUUGCUAUUGCUGGUACGCACCAGAUUUGGGCUUUGUUUAUGGAAGAUACAAUUUGGUGGAAAAAAAAGUCGGUUAAAGCAGGUACUUGCAUGGCAAUAGUUGGAAAUGGCAGGGAAGAGAAUCGCAACAAUUCAUAUCCUCACGCGGCUAGUCUGGCGCAACCAUCUGGUUUGGCAUUAGCGGUAGAAAAAAAUUUGCUAUUCUUUGCAGACAGUGAGAGCAGCUCUAUCAGAGUUGUGCACUUAAUUGAUGGUAAAGUGGCCGCAGUUUGCGGCGCGGAUAAAAACCCUGCGAACUUGCAUGACUUUGGAGAUGUAGAUGGAAAAUUGUACGGAGUGAAACUACAACAUCCCUUGGGUGUUGCUUGGGACCCCACGGAGUCUGUGGUUUACAUAGCUGAUACCUACAAUCAUAAAGUGAAGACGGUCGACAUUUUUGGUAACUGCAAAACCCGUUAUGGAGCAGGAAAACCGGAUUCUAAAUACGUGUUCGAUGAACCGAGCGGAUUAGCUAUAGAUCCUGAGAGCAAGACACUGUAUGUCGCUGAUACUAAUAAUCACCGCGUCGUUUCGAUAAAAAUCGAAUACAACAAGAUAGAGACUAUUGCUAUUGAUCUACCAAGGGAUGGUGUAGCUGCUGAUGACACUUACAACUUCGACACAGAUGUUAGCACUUGUGGAGGCAGCUUGGAAGUCUCAUUUGAGGUAAAAUUCAUGAAUGACUUGAAGCUGAAUACGGAUGCCCCGCAAAGGUGGGCUGUAAAUUUACCGGAAAAGUGGAUAACGAGUGCUUCCAAAGGCAAUUUGACCACUCCGAUAAUUGUGGACAUCCCGGAAGGAGAAGUCGAAACAAAACUGCAUGUUACUUUGGACAUAGUAAUGUGCAAGAUCGACGAGUGCAUACCAAAGAAACUAGAAGCGAUUUUGAACGUGCACAGGAAGCCCAAUGCUCCGUCCAAAGUAAAUUUGAACAAAGUACUAAAAAUAGAGUAAUGGCUAAACGCUGAAGGAUUGGUUAAUGUAAAUAUUUAGUGAAAUGGAGUUGGAGUAUACUUUUUAAUGCAACAUCGUUAACAAGAUGAAAUAUAUUACAACAACCGUAAUGUUACCCAA